ACUGAAUAUAUACAUUUUUCUUUUCCUUUCUUUUCUUUUCUUUUUCCAAGUGAUGGAUAGUGACCUGGAACAAAACAACAAGCAAGCAUGCAAGGAACUAGGCCAGGCGAAUCGUGCCGUGGUUAGCGGCCAUGGCGGGCGUCCUUCUCAUCAUCAUUGGCGUCCUCCUCAUGGCGCCGUCGGCAGCGGCAACGGCGGCGGUCUGCGGCAACGGCAGCAAUUACACGGCCAACGGCACCUACCAGUCUAACCUUGCCUUCCUCGCCGCCACCCUCCCAAUCAACGCCUCCUCCUCCCCGCAGCUCUUUGCCACCGCCACCGCCGGCCAAGCCCCCAACAUGGUGUACGCGCUCGCGCUCUGCCGCGGCGACAUCACCAACGUCACCGCGUGCAGCGCCUGCGUCGCCGACUCGUUCCAGUACGCGCAGCAGAUGUGCCCCUUCCACAAGGGCGCCGCCGUCUACUACGACGACUGCCUCCUCGGCUUCUCCGGCAACAACAUCCUCGCCCCGUCCAAUAAUAUUACACAAGAUAACAGCACCCUCUUCCAGUAUUGGAACCAGCAGACCAUCGCCGGCGACCCCGCCCUGGUGACAGCCGACGUCCGCGAGCUGCUGACGCAGACGGCCCAGGAGGCGGCCGGCACGGCGAGGCGGUUCGCCACCACGUUCAUGGACGCCUCCAGCAGCGCCAUCCCGACGCUCUACUCCCUGGCGCAGUGCACGCCGGACCUGUCCGCCGCCGACUGCCUCGCGUGCCUCCAGCGGAUCAUCGGCUUGGUCAACGCCACCACGUCGGUGCGCGUGGGAGGACGGAUCCUGCUGCUGCGGUGCAACAUCAGGUUCGAGGCGUUUAUGUUCUACUACGGCCAACCCAUGAAGCGGAUCACGCCAUCAUCCAUCGCUCCGGCACCUCCCGUCCCGGCUCCGACGACAAACAAGAGACUUGGGAGCAGGCCCUGGGUGAUUACCUUGUUUGUAGCACCUCCUCUAGCGGUAGUAGCAUUCUGCUUCAUCUUUUACUGUCGUUGGCGAAGAAGAAGGUACAGAAAAGGUAAAGUGAGAUUAGGAGAAAAGCGUACUAACAACUUGCAAGGAGGAGAUGAACUAGAUUGGGAAAUGGAAGCAGAGCUCUCCGAGUUUUCGGUUUUCGACUUUCAUCAGAUAGUGGAGGCUACAAGCAACUUCUCCGAAGAAAACAAACUUGGGGAAGGUGGAUUUGGCCCUGUAUAUAAGGGCCAGUUUCCUGAGGGAACGGAGAUAGCAGUUAAGAGACUUGCUUCACAUUCAGGACAAGGUUUCGUAGAGUUCAAAAAUGAGGUACAGCUCAUAGCAAAACUCCAGCACAGCAAUUUGGUUAGGCUCUUGGGAUGUUGCUCUCAAGGAGAGGAGAAAAUAUUGGUCUAUGAAUACUUGCCCAACAAAAGCUUGGACUUCUUUAUCUUCGAUGAAACUAGAAAAGCUUUACUCGAUUGGAAUAAACGUCUAGCAAUAAUAGAAGGAAUUGCAGAAGGACUUCUUUAUCUACAUAAGCACUCCCGGUUGCGUGUCAUACAUCGAGAUCUUAAACCAAGCAACAUUCUCUUGGACAACGAAAUGAAUCCUAAAAUCUCAGACUUCGGGCUAGCAAAAAUAUUUAGCUCAAAUAACAUAGAAGGAACCACUACAACAAGAGUGGUUGGUACAUAUGGCUACAUGGCUCCUGAGUACGCUUCAGGGGGACUCUUCUCGAUCAAAUCCGAUGUCUUCAGCUUUGGCGUUAUUAUUCUUGAGAUACUGAGCGGAAAACGGAAUUCUGGUAGCCAUCAGUGUGGAGAUUUCAUCAAUCUCCUUGGAUAUGCAUGGCAGUUAUGGGACGAGGGAAGAUGGACUGAACUCGUUGAUGCAUCCUUGGUUCCCAAGAGUUACUCGACAGAAAUGACGAGGUGCAUUAACAUUGCAUUGUUGUGUGUACAAGAGAAUGCAGCUGAUCGACCGACCAUGUUAGAUGCUGUUGCAAUGCUUAGCAGCAAGACUAAGAUCCUGGAAGAGCCGAAGCACCCACCAUAUUUCAAUUUAAGGGUAGGAAAUGAAGAAGCAUCAACUGCUACUAAGUCGUGCAGUAUUAAUGAUAUGGCCAUAUCUGUCACAGCUCGUAGAUAGUUUUUGUUUGUGUCAUGUAUUUUGUGAAGUGCGAGAACCGAGAAAUAGCUCGGUAGGUAGAACCUUCAGUUGAGAAGCCGUCAAACUGAGCUCGAACCCGAAUGCUCGCAGGUCGUGUGAGAAUAUAUUCCUUAAAGGAUUAUGUACUCCUCUCACUCAAUCCCUUGGUCGAGUUUUUCUUAUAGUGCAUAAGUUUAAGUGGUAUAGUGUGCAUAAUUUUUUCUAUUUAUCAUAAUUGAAAUGUAUUUUGGGCAGCUUUUUCUCUUGAGGAAACAGUAGGGAAACCCUACUGGAUUAUAUAUUUAUAGAUUGUGAUAUGCAAGUUGUUUACAA